CUCGGCGAUCUUGUCGCAUCAACAAAACACCAACUAGAAGAGCUCCGGAUCGGCCACCAACACACCGAGCGACGCUCCAAUUUAAGUUAGAAUCAGCAUCAUCAUUAUGAUCACCAGUGUGCUCAGAGAUCCGGGGGAUAUGGGAUCUUGGAGAUCAGUAGAUCUGUAUAUCUGUAUAUCUCUCAGUCACACAGCGAACGGCGACUGGAAAAGUUCGAGCGGCAGGCCAGGAAGGAAAAUUUGUGAGCGAAUCGAGAAAGUGUGUGGAAAGUGAGCAGUUCAAAGGAAAAUCCCAAAGAGGAAACCUUGAAAAGUGCGGGGAAACGGAAAAGCUAAUUGAAAACAACAACGCUCAAGUAUUAGAAGUCGUGAAAACCCAAAACUUGCGCAAACUGUGCUCUGUGAUUUAGUGUGUAAUAUAUAUAUUUAUAUAUCUACAUAUAUAUACGUGCAUAGCUAUACCUACAGCGACAACAACAACUGUCUUGGUUGCCUGGAUGAUCACAAAUUUCAAUUGAAUUUAAUCAAAAUCACAAGAAAAAGCCAGCGAGAGAAAUCGUAAAAGGCAAAUAAACUACGGAUUUAAUUUCGAGUGCCUGCCAUGUGUUAGUCUGUGUGCAUCCGUGUAUCCGUGUGUGUGCGUGUCUGUGUGUGCCUGUGUGUGUGUGUGUGUGACCGAGAAACUUAGAUCGGUGGCCGCUUUCCAUUGAAACGAACUUCAGCACAGUCCACGCACAGUCUAUGCCAACAGCCGAGUGUUAGCAAGGGGAAAAUGGGGAAAAUGGUCAGCGAGGAAAUGGCCACGGAUCCGGCGGUCUCGGAAAAGGUGGAGCUGUCGCGAUUCGGAGAGUUCUGCCAGCGGCGCGGCAUCAAUCCCAACCUGAUAAUGCUGAAGAUAACCCUUUUCGUGAUGUACGGCGCGACCUCAUCCCUGCUGCCCUACCUCACCAUUCACAUGCAGUCGAUUGGACUCACGGUGGAGGAGAUUGCCAUUAUCUACCUGGCCCUGCCCUUCACCACCUUCCUCAGUCCGCCCAUCACAGGCUUCCUCGUUGACAAAUUUGGCAAAUACAAACCGGUCGUUGUGAUGAGUCUGCUCCUGAAUGCGAUUUUCCACCACUCGCUGCUCUUUAUUCCGCAGCAGGAGAUUCCGGGCGUGGUGCCAUCGGCGUUCGUAUUGAGACAUCCGGACAGCGGCGACAUUGAGGUCUGGUGGUCGCCGUGUCCAAGUCGGGAAUGUCCGGAGGAGCCGGAGCUGGAAUUGGCCGUGCAUCAGUGCGUCGACUAUUGUCUGAUGCAGGAGCAAGUUAAUCCUCAGCUUUACACGAAUACCCCGGCGUAUGAUGUGCGCCCGGCAGCCACCUCGUCCACCACGCAGAGAUCCCAGCUUACAGCAACCACAACAAGGACGACCACAAUGGAACCCUCCUCGGAAUCGAGCUCAUCGCCGGCCCCAACCACAUCGACCACCACAUCGCCGGCGUCAUCAUUGCCAGCGUUAUUCGCAACGCAAACGAGGAGCAGAUACCAAGAAGUACUUAAUAUGUCAUCGACCAUGUUCCCGCCAAUGUCCCAGCUGAAGGACGCGUUGGAGACGGGUGUGGGUGUGGAGCUCGGCCAGUCAUCGUCAGCCGAGCUGUCGGCCAUGUCCAUGCAGGGAUUGAAUUUGACAGACAGCAGUCAGAAGAAGUUGCCUUGGAGCAGUUGGGUGCACUCGGACAACGACGAUGCCACCUACUUCAUGCUGCAGAUGCAUCCGGAUCUCGCCGAUCCCACCGAGCAACUGGGCAUGGAGAUCGAACAGGACGCCAACGAGACCGUCACCGACAUCCUGCAGAGAUUCGGUCGGGACUUCUUGGUCAGGGGCAACAUCAACCUCACGGAUAUGGACGACCUGGAUUUGCGAUGUGGCGGCCUGGUUCGGCGCACGAAUAUGACCAAUAUCGCAUCCGGAGCUGUAGAGUGCAUGAUGCAGCGCUGCACGUUCACCAUGAAUGCGCCGGAAAUCUGUCCGCCGGACUACAAGGAGACGGACGAGAUCAUUUUCUGGGUGUACUUCUUGCUCAGAUUUUUGGCCACCACCAUGCUGUCCGCCGGAGUAACCAUCAUGGAUCCGAUUGCCCUGACCAUGAUUGAGAAGUACGGCGGAGACUUCGGACGCGAGCGUUUGUUCUCCAGCAUCGGCAUGGCCAUAUUCUCGCCGAUAACGGGCAUCAUGAUUGACUACUCCUCGAGGGGUUUGGGGUACACGGACUACUCGGCUGCCUUCUAUACGUACGACGUACUGCUGGUGAUAUCCACGAUGUCGGUGCUUAUGAUGCCGCUCGGCGAGAAACUGCCGGCGGACAAUGUGUUCCGGGAUCUGUGGAAUCUCCUCAAGAUGCCCCACGUGAUUGCCUUCAUCUGCUUCCUGUUCGUGCUCGGUAACUUCUGGGGCUUCAUCGAGAGCUUCCUGUUCCUGUACCUCAAGGAACUGGGGGCUCCAAACUACCUGCUGGGCAUCACCAUCACCGUGGGCACCGUGAGCAGUAUUCCCUUCCUGUAUGGAGCGGAGAAAAUCACACGGAUCUUUGGGCACGUCAAUUUGAUUAUCAUCGCGUUCUUCUCGCACGCGGGUCGUCUGGUGGGCUACUCCUUCAUCGAGAAUGCCUGGUGGUGCUUCCCGUUCGAGGCCAUGGAGUCGUUAUCCUGUCAUCUCAUGUGGGUGGCUGCGGCUACCUACUGCUCGAUUCUGGCCCCGAAAAGUUUGCUGGCCACCCUGAUUGGUGUCCUGGGCAUGGCUCACUUUAGUUUGGGGCGCGGCAGUGGCAGUUUCACUGGAGGACUCCUCAUUGGUCAGUUCGGCACGCGGGAUGCCUUUCGGUACAUGGGCCUGCUGGCGGUGGUUGGAGGAAUCGCCUACGGGCUGCUCCAUCUGAUUUGGCUGCGGAAAUUCGAUCACACCACGGAGGAGUCCGAGGAGGAGGUCGAGGCAGUGGAGGCGGGAGAAACGGAGAAGCUCACCGAACCGGCCACCAAGGAGCAGGGCACUUCGAUGUCCUUGGAGCGACUGAGUCUGAUGAUUAAGUACAAUCAGAUUGGCAGUUUGUCGUCGCUGCCGCGGGGAUCGCGGGCCGAUAUCCAUGACCAUCUGUCCGUGCGACGCAGCAGCUACAAUGUGGAGUCCUUGAGGGGCGUUCCCCGGCACGGGAACAUCGGCAGUGCCUCCAAAGUGGAUAUCCUGCGCUCCGCGCUGGAGAUUAAUCACAAGUCCUCGAACCAUUCAAUGCUGAGCAAGGCCGAUAACAAGACGUCGAAUCAAUCAUUGGGUCGCAAUCGGGCCGACAGUGCCCCGAAAUUGAAUCACAGCAAUCUGAAGAAUAUUUCACAGCCCGCCUUGGAGGGCGUGGUCCUGGAGGGCGUGGAAUCAACAUUUUUUCCCAGCCGCAUGAAAAAGUAUCCAAGUGGUUUGUUAACUUCAAUACCCGCUGUGGAUUUAUCCGUAAUACCCAGCUCCAUGUUAAUGGACCAAGAGGGUCGCAAGGUCAUUCCGGAGGAGACGGAGUUGCAUGCCUCGAAAACCGCCGUGGAUUUGGGGGAGGAGAAGGCGGAAUCGGCCCCGCAGCAGCAAGCGCAGGAAAAUGGAAAUAGGAAAAGUGCGCCGUUGCAGCAGGAUGAUGAAAAACCCGAUGCCACUUGACGGACUGGCAAGGCAACUCUCUGACCUGCCACACGUGGCGUAUGAGUGAUAUUAACAAACCGAAUGCGACAUAAAUGAAGAGAAAUGUGAAAUUGAUAGGCGAGAACUAUUUGUUAGUUGUACAUGUGUGGUUUAUGUUAUGUAAAUGUGUAUGUCUAUGUAUAAAUUAUGCAAGAAGAGAGAAACUGAAUAAACUAAAAACUGUU